AUGCCGAUUCCUUCUCCGACCGGCGACUUUCAUUCAGACUCCAACCACCAACAUCACGAAUUGCUCGAUAAGAGAUCCACGUCGCCCGCACGCAAUCGCGAAAGCCCUCUAAGAUCCUCCAUCGAACCCCAUGAAAGUCACGGCAGCAACGAUGGCCCACCCACGAAGAGGCGGAAAGUUGCAGGCGCUGACCACAGACCGUCUCCUCGACUCAUUUCUCCCCCGUGGAAACGAGUCGUCGCUGAGGGUCCGACGUCAUUCAUCCAAGAUGGCCGUCGAAAGUCCGGGAGAACAAACGUGAUACCCCUCGAUCUACAGCCGCAGUCAAACAAGAGGCAGACCCGUGCUGCUUUUGAUAAAGUCAAGGAAGAACGCCAAAGACAAGCAAAACCUGUUUACAAUGUAUCCGCUCGCAAGUCCAAGGCCGAAGCACAGAUCUCACCGUCGAGGACCAUCAAACGUGGCUCCAUCCCCCCUCCCAAGGGUCGCGAUGUACUCCAGACACACCACCCUCCCAAUGCUGAAUCAUCGCGACCGCAGAGACAUCUUAGAGAUUCAACCAACAGCUCAAAACUUCAGGCCAAAUCCCCUCAUCGUCGUACAAGUGCGAGUCAUCGCUCACAGAUCACGUCGUCACAGGUCAAUGGUAUACAUGGCCAUAAGGCGUGGACAAAUGGGAUCGUGAAGAUCGAGCAAGAGAGCGACCGCGAUGAUUUCGACACCUCUAGCGCACUGUCCUCCAGGGGCUCUACGCCUCCGUUGACUUUGCGCAGAGUUACCUUCCGAGUUCGAUUGCCUCCCCCCUCCAUUGCUAGUCCCGCCAACGUGCCUUUACCCAAGAAGUAUGCUUCUUUCACCGAGUUUCUUGAAAAGGAUGAGACAGAACCAAGGGCAGGCGAGGAUACAUUGACACCUGAUCAAGUUAGGAAUGAGGCGUUGGCUAGGAGAAGAGUGAGGGAUGCACAGAAGCGUGGCGGGUCGCUUGACAAGAAGCUUGUCGAUGCGGUGCCCGAGAAGCAAGAUGAACCAAAGAGACAGUAUGCGCACCACGAUCAUCUCCUGGCUCAUGCGUCCCAUUUCAGGACACUCUUAAGAGCAGAACAUCGAGAUCACAGAAGAAAGGCUGAGCUGCUCGCGAAUGAGGCGAAACGGUACGUUGAAGAGAAACAGAAGCGCAACAAGGUGAAGACUGCAGAAGAGAUCGAGCAAGAGAAACGAGACGCCAGCUUAGCGAUGUAUCGAACAGUGGUUAAGGACCUCGACAAACUUUGGGCCGCGGUCAGACUUGAGGUCAAUGCCAUCCGACAGAGAGAAUACGAAGAGCAGCAACAAGCAAAGAUGAAGGGCCACCUUGCACGUGUUCUGGAUCGGACGGACCAGAUGCUCAGUCGACUUACUGAACAGGACGAUUCUAUGAUGGACAGUGGAACGGAGGUCUCAUCCCACGCGAGUGAUGAAUCAGAAUCGGAAGAUAGCGAGCAGAUGUCAGUGAGUGAGACGGAAUCAGAGGCUGAAGCAGAUGACAAAGACCUUGACGCCGAGAUGUCAGUCGAAGAAUUGAAAAAGAAGUAUGGCAAUUUGCCAGAGCUGCCGGUUGAGGAUGAUGGAGAUUUCACCGAAGGCCACCGGGAAGAUGGGGAAAGCCCAGAUCACUCCGAUGAAGACUCAGACCCCGAGACCGAAAUGGACUCUGAGUUUGACACAGAGGGAACCAGUGAUGAAGAGGAGAACGUGGAUGAUGGGAGCGAAGAGGAUGACACUGGUGGUGGCUUACUUUCAUUGCUGUUCUCAAAGAAGCAGAUCGCGGACAUGUCGACUGAAGCGGGCGAAACAAGUGCAACCAACGAAGACCAGUCUGAAUGUCACGAUACUCCCCUGGUGGAAGUCUUGGAAGAAUCACCAGCGCUAGACAGAGAGCCAGCUCAAGAGCCUUCGAUCCCCAGCCGAAAUGCCAUUGAACCAGAACCCGACGCAACUAGCGAGACAAAUAUGCUGAUAGAAACACCAACUGCUCCGGAAACUGGUGACGUCAAAAUGCGAGACGUGACGCCUCCCAGUCACCUUCAGGUUGCGCGACUUGCUUCUGAAGACCCCGGAAGUCAGGUGCCUAGCACCUAUACCUCUCCUCAUACGACUGCAACGAAAGUGUCCGAACCGGAGUCGGUCUCUUCCAUUGACGCUCAUGUGGACUCUGCACCGUCCAUCACGCCUUCAGAAACAAAGCCAGCUAUCAAAACUCCUGUUCCCUCCUUGUUGCGAGGUACUCUUCGUGAGUACCAACACGAAGGGUUGGAUUGGCUUGCGGAUUUGUAUGCUCAUGGCAGAAGUGGGAUCCUGGCCGACGAGAUGGGUCUCGGCAAGACCAUUCAAAGCAUUGCGCUCUUGGCUCACCUUGCUGAGGUCUACGAAGUUUGGGGUCCUCAUCUUAUCGUUGUACCCACAAGUGUCAUGCUGAACUGGGAGAUGGAGUUCAAAAAGUUCUUGCCUGGCUUCAAAGUUCUGACAUAUUACGGUAGCCUUGAAGAACGAAAGCAAAAACGGAGAGGCUGGAUGGCAGACGACAGCUUUAACGUGUGCAUUACGUCGUAUCAAUUGGUUUUGCAGGAUGCAAACUCUUUCAAGAGACGACGAUGGCAUUAUAUGAUCCUGGAUGAAGCUCACAACAUCAAAAAUUUUCGUUCGGAGCGAUGGCAGACCAUGAUGACAUUCAACACUAGAGCACGACUGCUUUUAACUGGAACACCUCUUCAGAACAAUUUGACCGAAUUAUGGUCUCUUCUCUUCUUUCUUCACUAUGGUCAAGAAAAUGAGGGCGAGGACGACGCAUUUGCUGGUCUGAAAGAGUGGUCGGAAUGGUUCAAGAGGCCCGUGGAGUCGAUUCUGGAGCAUGGUCGCCAGGUUCUAGACGAGGAGGAUCGAGAACAGGUUUCGAAACUUCACAAAGUCAUUCGACCAUUCCUCCUUCGUCGAUUGAAAGCGGACGUGGAGAAACAGAUGCCAGCCAAAUACGAACACGUUGAGCUGUGCCGUUUGUCCAAACGUCAACGACAACUGUACGACGGCUUCAUGUCCAGAGCCCAGACGAAGGAAACGUUGGCUUCGGGUAACUAUUUGUCAAUCAUCAACGCCUUGAUGCAGCUGCGCAAAGUCUGCAACCAUCCCGACCUUUUUGAAACACGACCGAUCAAUACAUCGUUUGCAAUGCACAAGUCUGCAGCAGCUGACUUCGAGAUUAAGGAUCUCUUGGUUCGUCGGAGACUAAUGUUGGACGCCUCGAACGAUCUAGACUUUGACUUCUUACGGCUGGCGCCUAUUUCGGAGGAGCGGAUGUCCAUGAUUGAAGUAAUCGAGACUACUAAACGACAUGCCUACAGCAAAUUCAAGACCCUGAGGGAGGCACAAUCCCGAAGGAUCUUGUCAUUCUCCCACCAUGGUAUCUGUAACGACAAUGCCGCCUUGUGGUGCGGGACGAAUCGGCGCGGUGUGCUCGGAUCCCUCGAGAACGUUGGUCGGAGAACCCGGCUUCAGGAGUUGGACCGCACUAUGUAUUAUGAAGCAUACAAGCACCAUCAACACCCGAUUUACGGCCGUGGCCUGAUUGAACGGUUGACCAUAAAUACGACUUAUGAGAAACUAUCCAGACUGCCACCACGCAGGGCUUUAAGCCGAUUCUGGUCUAAAGGGCAGCCAAUUCAGUCCUUUGACCUUGUUCAUUCUGUGCAGUCGAGGUCUGAACAGAUGCAACCCUUCAUCGACAAAUAUGCAUGCGUCACCCCUGCCGUGGUGGCGACAGAUCUCUAUGCUAGGACUGUCACAGACGCCGGAGCUCAAGCAAUACGAGAAGCAGCAGAAUCGACCCUAAAGGGUGAUGCAGGGGAUCCAUUCCACCUCGCACGGAUGAAACUCUCCAUUGCGUUCCCUGACAAACGCCUCCUGCAAUAUGACUGUGGCAAAUUGCAGAGACUGGACAAAUUACUUCGCCAGCUCCAAGCCGGUGGCCAUCGCGCAUUGAUCUUCACACAAAUGACCAAAGUCCUUGAUAUCCUUGAGCAAUUCCUCAACAUUCACGGCCAUCGGUACCUACGACUCGAUGGUGCCACCAAAGUUGAACAGCGACAGAUCCUCACCGAGAGGUUCAAUAACGACACGCGCAUCCUUUGUUUCAUCCUUUCCUCCCGUUCUGGUGGACUCGGCAUCAACUUAACCGGAGCUGACACUGUCAUCUUCUACGACCUCGAUUGGAACCCGGCCAUGGAUAAACAAUGCACUGACCGCGCGCACCGCAUUGGCCAGACGCGAGAUGUCCACAUCUAUCGCUUUGUCUCGGAGCACACUAUUGAGUCCAACAUUCUUAGAAAAGCCAACCAAAAGCAGAUGCUCGAUGAUGUGGUUAUCCAGGAGGGUGAUUUCACCACAGAUUACAUGAACAGGAUGACCUAUCGAGAUAUGCUUGACGAGAAUGCCGAGGAGGAUGAAGCGGGGAAAGCAAUGGAUCGUGUCCUAGGCAACGACAAAACCAGUGUCGGAGUACUGGAGCAAGCCGAAGACCAGGAGGAUCGUGCGGCAGCCAAAGUCGCGGCAAGAGAAUUGCAGCAUGCAGAUGAAGGUGACUUUGAGGAUGGGAGAGCCAGUGCCACGCCGAGGACUCAGACAGGUGAUGCCAGAAGUACACCUGCCUAUGGCGGUGUGCCAAAUGGACCGUUUGGAACAACCGAUGCCGCCAUCGAAGAAUCACAAGACCACAGGAUCCAUCACAUCGACGAGUACUUGAUCCAAUUGCAGAGGUAUCUGAUGAAGGACAUUCCGCUUGGGCCAGGCAAAGACUCGAAGAAGGGAAAGAAGGGGAGGAAAGGACGCGACGAACACCGCCUUCGCCGAGUGAGAUGA